AUGGCCGCCUGCGACAUCCACGACGUGCCAAUGGCAAAUCCCAACGAUCCCCAGCUAUGGACCCCUCCGUUCACAGUCCCGUUGGCUGGAAUGAUCGUGUCCCCCCGCCCCGACAGGCUUGUGCCACAUCCUCCGACGUCGCAGUCUUCUGCCCGGCUCCCACGAAUGCCUUUACUGAACGAGCCCCUUCCAACGGCUUCUCCGGUCCGGUCAGGGAUUCCUCUGAGCAAUCCUCCUAUCCUGCGGCCUGCCAUGCAUCUUCCUCUUAUGAAAAAUCCGACCUAUAACCCUCGCGUGGGCCCUCAUGUGUUGGUCAAAACUUUUCAACCCGAAUUGUCCGCUCCCCCAAUACCACUUGGGCACCCUCCACCGAAUGGGUACCCCGUACCGAAUGAGCACGACGACAUUGCCACAGCGCAAGCUGGACCUUCUGACCUGCACAUUCACCUGGGUCAAGACGUCUGGAGUGGUAUCCUGGAAGGCAUAACUCAACGAUCUCUGUUCAUGAGGCCGCUUGACACUAUUAUGCAAUGGGCGUGCGAGGGAACGCUAAUAAUGGAGGAUGCGUUCAAAACGAUCACAAACCAUAUGACAGAGCCAGAGCGCAUGUUCUUGAGAAGAUUUGCCACUGCCAUUUGCGGGUAUAUUGAAAAGAGGGGUUCUUGUCAAGGUACAGAGUUGUACGCAAUUUAG